AUGUGUUCAUAUCUAUCUAUCUAUCUAUCUAUCUAUCUCACUUUGUUCAUAUCUAUCUAUCUAUCUCACUUUGUUCAUAUCUAUCUAUCUAUCUCACAUUGUUCAUAUCUAUCUAUCUAUCUAUCUAUCUAUCUAUCUAUUUAUCUAUCUAUUUCACUUUGUUCAUACCUAUCUAUCUAUCUCAUCUAUCUAUCUAUCUAUCUAUCUAUCUAUCUAUCUAUCUAUCUAUCUCACUUUGUUCAUAUCCAUCUAUCUCACUUCCAUAUAUCUAUCUAUCUCCCUUUGUUCAUAUCCAUCUAUCUCACUUCUACCUACCUAUCUAUCUAUCUAUCUAUCUAUCUAUCUAUCUAUCUAUCUAUCUAUCUUUGUUCAUAUCUUUUUUGUUCAUUAUCUAUCUAUCUAUCUAUCUAUCUAUCUAUCUAUCUAUCUAUGUCUCUUAAUAUUCAUAUAUCUGCCUAUAUUCUUUCUUUCUUUCUUUCUUUUCUUUCUUUCUUUCUUCCAUUCAUUCAUUUUGCCAGCCAAUCACUCUUUCUUUCUUUCUUUCUUUCUUUUUUCUUUCUUUCUUUUUUUCUUUCUUUCUUUCUUUCUUUUUGUCAGUCAAUCAGUCAUUCUCUUUUUCUCUCUUUUUCCUUUCUUUCUUUCAUUUUGUCAGUCAAUCAGCCAUUCUUUCUUUCUUUUUUUCUUUCUUUCAUUUUGUCAGUCAUUCUUUCUUUCUUUCUUUCUUUUUACUUUCUUUCUUUCUUUCUUCUGGCAUUUAUGCCUCUCUUCCAUUCUUCUUCCUCUUUAUCCGCUACUUUUUCUUGCUCUUCUUUCUCCUCCGCCUCCUCCUUCCUCCUGCUCCUAAUUAUUCUUUUUCUUUUCCUUCUUCUUCUUCCUCCUGUUCCUUUUUCUUCUUCCUCUUUCACCUACUACUACUACUACUAUUUCUUCUUCUUCUUCCUUCUGUUCAUUCUUCUUCUUCCUCCUUCGCCUACUACUACUACUACUACUACUAUUUCUCUUCUUCUUCUUCUGCUUCUUCUUCCUUCUCCUCCUCUACCUACUACUACUAAUAUUUCUUCCUCCUCCUCCUCCUCCACCACGUACUACUACUACUAUUUAUUUUUCUUCUUCUUCUUUUUCCUCCUCCACCUACUACUACUACUACUAUUUAUUUUUCUUCUUCUUCUUUUUCCUCCUCCACCUACUACUACUACUACAACAAUUUCUUCUUCUUCUUUUUCCUCCUCCACCUACUACUACUACUAUUUCUUUCUUCUUCUUCUUCUUCUUCUUCUUCUUCUUUUUCCUCCUCCACCUACUACUACUACUACUACUAUUUCUUUCUUCUUCUUCUUCUUCUUCUUGUUCCUUUUUUCUUCUUCCUCCCUACCUACUACUACUACUACAAUUUCUUCUUCUUCUUCCUUCUGUUCCUUCUUCUUCCUCCUUCUCCUCCACCACCUACUACUACUACUACUAUUUCUUUUUCUUCUUCUUCUUCUUCUUCUUCUUCUUCUAUUUCACUUCUUCCUGGAAUGUUCAUUUUCUGUUAUCUAUUUCUUAGUUUUGUUCGUACAAGUUCAAGUACUCAUACUGUUAUGA